AUGCCUCCAAGAGUAAGAGGAAGAGGCAAGGGUCCCAUGCGUGGGGGAUCGUCGUCAGCAGGACCAUCUCAUAGACGCACUCCAUCGGCGUCCUUUUCCACCUCCGACUCUCACGAUAUGUGGGGUCAACCUUUUGAGCCAGCAAGACACUCAGUCUCGCUAAGCUCUUCGCCUUCCUUCCAUCCAUCGUUUGGGCCGCUAGUUCCAGAUGAGCCCCAACACUCUCAACAAUCCCAUCAUUCUCACGAGUCUCACCAAUCACACCACUCUUUGCACUCCCAUUCGUUCCAUCAUUCUGAUUCUCUCUAUUCCCCGGGGCAGUUUAACCCUAACGAUUAUGUUAACGAUUUUCUUGGUUAUAACCCUUUGGGCCCUGAGGACCAUUUCUCUCAGGAGAUGGAAACAGAUGAUGAUCCAGAUCCGGAGAUGCAGACCGGAACGCCGGGCCAUCCAAUAAGUAUAUCAAGUGGGUCCCUAUUUCAGGGAUCACCUUAUAGUGGGCCCGACUCGUUCCAAGAGAAAAUGGCCACAUAUGAUUGGUUCUUUACCCCUUCAUAUCAUAGUUCUCCGGCCCAACCACCUUUGGUUAAACCCCAACUCCAAGCUGUUUCACCACCGCCACUUCCGAUAGAGGAGCCACCGCAGCAGCCACCGCAACCACCUCUCGAGCCUCCGAGGCAACGGAGGAAUGCACGCAUGUCAGUACGAGGAGGACCUCGUUUUAGCUCUCCUCGUGGUUCGAGUUCCUAUCCUCCCAUUCCAGAGGACCCCCAAUUGGGUGGGCCCUCAAACGCGGCACCGGAGAUUGACCCUCCGCCAGCUUCAUUUGCGCCACCUCAGUCGCCCAUGGGUUUUGAUAACCCUAUCCCGACCUACCCAGGUUUUUCUGGGUAUAAUCCUUAUGAAAACACGUCAGGAUAUCCGUCAGAUUACGGAAACCAGGAUCCCUACCUCACGGCUGCUCAAUACCAUCACCUUUACCCAUCAUCCUACCCACCUUUUUAUCCAACUGGAUACCCGGGUCAGGAUUAUCCAUACCUUCCGUAUCAGUAG